AUGAUGGGAGCUAUCGAGAGCGGCAUGUUCGCUUCGAAGCUUGGCACAAAUAUGCGCGGACGACCGAUGACGACCGACGCGCUUGGGCCGCAGGAAGAGAAGCUCAAGGCACCGCGCACGCACUAG